GGGGCAAGAAUGAUUGCCCAUUCACAGUCAUGUCAUGGUCCAUGUACUAAUGGCAAUGUGAUACACGCGAUGCCAUAGCUGCUGGGCAACGAAGGGUGUUUGACUCGCUCAAUGAUGGACAAUGGCCGUUCAGUGCUAUAUAUUGGCUUGUGCCUUGCAUUCUAAUCUGUCACAGCUAGAUCAACUUUUACAUCAACCCCUUGAUCCAACCCAACCCUCAAAUGCUGAGGAAGAAUACGGUAGAGCCACCUCCGCUGUUCAACCGUGCUUUCCGCCCUUCAAUAUAUACCCAAGUAGAUACUGCUUGGUGUUAAUGUCCCAGGCCCCUCACCAGACCCAGCCCUCUAGCCAAGCCAUCCACUUCCAUGGUAUCAGUCCCCAAAGGCAAACGACCUACCGAUGCUAGACCAAAACGCAUGCCCAACCCCCAACCCUACUCCUCGUUGAAAAGAAGACCACAAA